AUGUCAACAAACAUGGCGGCCUCCUGCUCGUUGGUGUGUUGCGGAGAGGAGAGAGACUCCGACAAAGCUGUUAUUGUCCGCUUUUCAAACGGCAGGGUGAAAAAUGCAGACAAACUGGACUUGAUGAUGUACAAGAACGCAGAUGACAGUAACCCGAGGAAGAGGAGCAGACGGAUCCUGGCUGCUGAAACGCACAGACUGUCAUAUGUUGGAAAUAACUUUGGAGCGGGGUCCAUGAAAUGCAACAGCCUUUGCAAAUAUUAUGUAGGAGUGCUGAACAGGCAGAGCAUGCAGAUGGAGGUGCACAGCGCUCAGAUCUUCAACAUGCAGCCGAUUGUACCAGGAGAGACGCAGGCUGCCAAACCCCAAGACACCAUCAUGACCUACAGAGACAAGGUUGACUCUCUGAUUGAAGCGUUUGGCACCAACAAACAGAAGAGAGCUCUGAGUUCCCGCAGGCUGAACCAGGUGGGCAGCGACACCCUGCAUCAAGCUGUGGCUAACGCCGCCAACAGCGUCAUCGACCAGAAGGGUCUGGAAGCUCUCCAACAGGAAGUGGCCGACUCAGAGGCGCAGGGAGACCUGGCUCUCCAUCUGCCCCCCUGCAACGCAAAUGCUGACAAACCUGAGAGCGUCUACCUGUUUGACCAUCUCCUGAGUCCUGCGGAGUUCGGGGCUUUGGAGCAGGCCGGCUCCAAGAUGGCAGAGCUCACCUCUGAGAAGCUGCUGAAGAUGAGAGAUGGAGGAGGGUUUUUGUGUGUCCUGAAGCUGUUGGAGAACAUGCCGUCUGUGGAGGGUGAAGCCAGAGAUAAGACGACUCGCUGCGCCUUUUACCUCCUCAUGCUCCUCAAACUGGCGCAGCAGAGGAGCAUCACCAAAAAGUUUGGACAGGAGGAAGGCUGUCCUCGCAUCAUUCAGAACAAACUGCUCAGGACAUUCACUGUGGAGACUUUCAACAACGGCAGGGUCCAGAACAUAGUGUCAGCAUCAAUGCGAGCUAAAUUAGCAGCGUACUCCUUGGCCCUGCUGCUGCAUGUGAGUCACAUGACUGCUGACCUCACAUUGCUGCACCGUGACCUGGGAAUCACCGAGGCCAGGAUGAUUGAAGUGGCAAAGUCGAUGGGACUGACCCUCAAUAAACAACCUCAAGUGAAGGCUGAGGAGGCCGCGCUGCAAGACACCAACCGGCAGGCCUCUCUUGUUCUACCUCUGAUCAAAUAUAAUCAGUUCAUGGAGCGACGGAAACGCAAGAAAAUGCACUGAAGAUAAAGAAAAGCAAACACAACAUCACAAUAGAGAGGGGGGGCCAUAAGAACUGGAAAUCCCACAAACAAGAACUGUUUAUUGAUUCAUUUUUUGUAGACAAAUAAAGCGAUGAACUUCUA